AUGGCAUUCGCAAAAGUCUUACUCCAGCGGCUGCAAGCGCCGGGCGCGCACGUUUUUCUCCCAAACACCCCCUCUGCCGCCGCCUCCGCGCACCUGGCGUUGGAGUCCGCCGAUCCUCUUCCCCCCGCCCCCGCUUCCGCCGAUUUUUCCGCUCCAUCCUUCCCUUGCGCGAAAAAGAGCAAUGGUGGGGCCAUUGUGGACUGGUGGUAUCCUCUUAACGAGGUAAGCAAAAGGUCGGGGAUAGACGGCGGCGUGGGGAAGGGAAAAGGGGAGGUGAAGGCGGGUAAAUGGCCGGAGGAGGAGAAUGGGGAGAAGGAGAAGAAGGCGGGGAAGGGUAAGACGGGGGGGAAGGGGAAGAAGGUGGGGAAAGGAAAGAAAGGAGCGAAGGGGAAGAAGGGGAAGAAGAGAGCGAAUGGGGGGCAAGAUUGGGAGAAGAUUGGGGAGGAGAGAGGGAGUGUGGAGAGAAGAGGUGCAAAGAAGCGAAAGGGGAAGCCCCACCAGUACUGUGCAGGGGGAGGUGCCGCUACUGCUGAGGGCCCGACGUUUGAGGCUCCUCAAAAGAAGCAAAAGGGGAAGCUCCACCUAGUCUGUGCGAGGGGGGUUGCUGCCAGUGCUGAGGGGCACGAUCCGCUUGAGAACCGGCUUCCUUCUGAGUCAUCUCAGAAGCUAUCUCACCAGUUCUGUGUGCGAGGGGUUGCUGCCGCUGCUGAGGGCCAGGAUCAGCCUGAAAACCGGCUGCAUAUGCUGUGGCCAAGAGCAGCAGAGGAGAGGGAGGGGGUUGAUUGCAAUCAGCAGGAGCGGUUGCAGCAGGGAGGUGUGGGGGGAGGGGGGGGAAAGGUUGGUGCGGCGGAGGUGAGGGAUAGAGGACGGGAAGGAGUGGGUGGUGGUGUUUCAGCGUGUGGGAAAUGUGAAGGGUUGGAUCGAAGGGAUGAGGGAGGAGGCGUUGACUUAGACGGAAGGGAUAAGAGGGGAGGUGCGGGAAGAGGCGAGGAAGGAGAGGAGAACGAGGGGGAGGAGGAGGAGGAAAAUGGGGAAGGGCAGGAUGAGCGGAAGAAUACGGAUGGAAACAAUGGGAAGGAACGAAAAGAGGAGGAGAGGAAGGAGGAGCAAGGGAAGGAGAAGGAGGGGAAGGAGGCGGAAGGGCACGAUGAGAAGGAACAAAAAGAGGAGGAGAGUAAGGAGGAGCAAGGGAAGGAGAAGGAGGGGAAGGAGGCGGAGAUGGGGAAGGAGGAAAGGAUGGAGAAAGGAUCAGAGGGUGCGACGGGCUUACUAGUUUCUGGUUUUGAGUCGACUCAAAAGCAGACGGGCUUAGUUUCUGGGCGGGCACGAAACAGGGAGGUGGAGCGAGAAAAAGAGAAGCAGGAGCGAGAGCAGGGAGGAGAGGAGAAGGAAGACGGGAAUAAGAGGGGAUUGGAACGGGAGGAGGGGAAGGGGGAGGGAGAGGAGACAGAAGUUGAAGAAAAGGAGAUGGAGAAGAGUAGGGGGUUGUUGCAGGGGCUGGGGAAGCAGGAGGAGGGAAAGCAAGAGGAGGGGAAGCAAAAUGAGGGAGAACAGGGGAAAGGGGAGAAUCAGGGGGGAGAGAAGGAAGGCGGAGAAAGGAAGGAAGAAAACAAGGAAGGGGAUGCGCAGGGGUGCAAUAAAGAGGAAGAAGAAGAGGAGGAGUCGGAGGGGGAGAGGGAUGGAGGAGGCGAAACGACAAGGAAGAGAAAGCGCGAGGAAGAUUCCUCCUGGUGGUGGCGAGAUUUGGACGGACCUGAGGAGGAGGAGGAGUGGGUAGCAGGAGAGGGAGUGAGGAGGAAGUGGGGGAGAGCGCGGAGUGUGAGGGAGCUGCUCAGUGCCACGUCAGCAGUGGGGAAGAGGGUCGUAUGGUGGAGGAAGAAGUACAAGAAGAAAGGGGUUGCAGGGAAGGGGAGUGUGGGGAAGGGGAUUGGGGGAAAGGGAGGUUGGGGGAAAGGGAGUGGGGGGAAGGGGCGCUGGGGGAACAAAAUGCAGGGGAAGGGGAAGGGUAAGGGGAAGGGUAAGGGUAAGGGGAAGGGGAAAGGGAAAGGAAAUGCUAAGUGGGAUCAAAAGGAUGGGAAAGAGGAGGGAAGGAGUGAUGGUGCUGGGUGGGCAGGGCGGUUGCGGGGAAGGGACAGGGCAGCAGGCAGUAGUGUUGCAAGUGGUGCUGCAAGUGGUGCUGCAAGCAAUGUGGAAGCAGGGAAUGCUGCCGCUGGCAGUGCUGCGGCAAGCAACGGGAGCAAUGAAACAGAUGCGAAGGCGGGUGGAAAGUGCAAUCCAAAGAAGGCCGCAGGAAAGAACGUGUCAGUGGUGACAAAGUUGGCAAAUGCGAGAAUGGCGGCUGCAGCUGGAAAGGCGCCAGCAGUGGAAAUAUUGCCGGAAGCAGCAAGAGAAGUGUCAGCAGCAGGAAAGGCAGAGGGCAAGGCAGAGGGGAAGGCAGAGGGGAAGGCAGAGGGGAAGGCAGAGGGGAAGGCAGAGGGGAAAGAGGGCACGGCGGCAGCAGCUAGAAAAGAGUCAGCAGAAAAACAAUUGUCGGCAGCAAAGAAAGGGUCGGCAGCAGGAAAGGCAGAGAGGGUGGGGGAGGACGAGGAGGAGGAGGGGGUGGAAGAGGCGGAGGAGGAGGAGGAGGAGGAGGAGGAGGAGGAGGAGGAGGAGGAGGAGGAGGAGGAGGAGGAGGAGGAGGAGGAGGAGGAGGAGGAGGAGGAGGAGGAGGAGGAGGAGGAGGGGGGGGGGGGGGGGAGGAGGAGGAGGAGGGGAAGGAAAAGGGGAAGGAGGAGGGGACGGAAGGGAGGGAGGAAGUGGGGAAGGAGGGUGUGGAGGAGGGGGUGCAGGGAGGGGAGGGAAGGGGGAACUGUAGCAGAGAAGAAGCUGGAGGAAUAG